GGCAACAUUUCCAACGCCACAGUGUCGCAUUGACCGAGUUGUUCUCACAAUCCUAAAUAACAAAAUGGCGAACGAAUCCAACCAAACCACCCGUGUCAUGCUAUGGAGUUGCCCGCGUAGCCUGUCUACGGCAUUCACACGAGCUAUCUUAGAGCUGGGCAACGUGGAGGUCUUCAACGAGGAAUUUGCAGCCGCGUAUUUCUUCGGACCAGAGAGGAUCCAGGACCGAAACUCGCCAAAACUGGCACCGAAUCACUCCUUCAAGUGGGUGAAGGAGCGCCUGGAGGCAGACUACCCGGGUAAGGUCGGGGUGUUUGGCAAGGACUUCGCCUACCCGAUUCUCCCUCGUCUUGAGCUGCUACCUCAGGGAUUUUACCAUACGUUCCUCGUGAGAGACCCGACUAAAGUCUUCGCUUCGCUCAAGCCUCGCUUCGAGGCUUCGCGAAUCAGUAGAGCCGUGUCAGGGACAGAUCUUAGACAUUGCAUCCCAGUGGAAGGCUACACGUACAAGGAGCUUCGAGAGCUUUAUGAGCACGUCAAGGGGCAAGGGCUGCCGACGUUAGUCCUGGACGCCGAUGAUCUGCUAGACAAGCCUGUUGAGAUGAUGCGUUAUUACUGUCAGACCACUGGUCUACCCUUCAAGGAAUCGAUGGUAACAUGGAAGCCAGCUAACUGCCGGGAUCUCAACUGGCACUGCUGCCGAGCUUUAAGAUUCAUGAACUGGUUAAUGCAGUGGUACGAGGGUGCUUUGAAGAGCUCGGGAUUCAAGAAGCCUUCUGCACGCCAUAUUGAUGUGGAGUCGCUCCAACCUGAUGUGAAGUUGGCCAUUGAAGUGAGCCAACCUCACUAUGACUUCAUGUACAGUCAGCGUGUACAAUUAGAUGCAAACGGAGAAGUGGCACCCAAUAAUUAACAACAGUAACACUGUCAAGAUCAGUAGUCGGUGUCACGUACUAUAUGAUGGAGGACAUUAUGUGUUGAAGAGAACUGUAGGAUUUUUGAUAAUAACUAAAAUAAACCGGCAUGGUGUUUAUGUUAUUAGGAAGGGAUUCCUGUGUGCAGCUGGAAUUCUUUUUAAUUAAAGGCACUGGACACCUUCGGUAAUUGUCAGAGAUCAUUUGUCUCACUUGGUUUAUCCCAACAUGC